AGAUCAGACGCUUUUGAAUCAUGAUCUACCAAUUCGUAAAGGCGAAAUCGACAUGGACUGAAGUCUGCUAUGGUAGAACGAGAGACACAGAAUUUAAGAAUCUAGCUUCAAUACAUACUGAAAAAACACAAAGAGAUUUAAUAUGCCAUGGUAGCCAAUGAUCUGGCUUUGUCAGAAAAUUCGGUGGAAAUUUUCAAUGGACUUCUUCUCGGGAUCUUCCAAUCCACAACAACACAAAACAAAGUACCAAGAUCCUGUUUUCGAUGAUCUCCACGAACAAACAAAAAUAUAAAAUCCCAAAAACGUCAAACCAAUCCCACCAAUUAAAACAAUCCACAACUCCAUCGAAACCCGCAAAAAGCAAUCCAAGCAUCCAAACCUUUUCUGCACAACGCUCUGUAAAAAAAAAAAAAAAAAAAUGUUGUCGAUUACAAAACGUCGAAGGAGCUUCAGAUAUGCAGAUCAAAGCAACUCAGGAUCAGGGUCCAUUUAUGAAUACGAAGACUGCUUUGUGGGGCUUACCGACGAUCUACCGUUGGUUUCUUGUGGGAAUUAUUGCGGGAAAACAAUGACGCUGAAGGAGGUCUUGAGAUCGUCAGUUGGAGUCAUGGGAGAGAGCCCUUUAGGGUUGACCGAGAAGGUCGUUCUUCUGAAGAGUCAAAUGUUCGCUGUGAAGAGAUUGAGGAUGACGGUCGUUCGCAGAAACGAGUUCGGUAAGAGAGUAGAGAAACUGGCUCAGGUCAGCAAAAAGUGCGAGUAUCUUGUGCCUAUCGCAGCUUAUUUAUACACCAAGAGGAUCAAGUUUAUUCUCUGUGAAUAUUUUCCCAUGGGAAGCCUGGCUGACCUUCUUGCUGGUGCAAGGAAGUACGGGCAUACAGCUUUGAAUUGGAAUCAACGGUUGAAGAUCAUUCUCAGCAUUGCACGGGCAAUAGAGUUCAUACACAGACAGAAUCCAAACGAAAGGAAGAUAAAAAUGAACGUUCAUGGGAACAUAAAAUCCUCAAAUGUCAUGAUAAAAAUCGACUUCUCCGCCUGUUUAUCAGAUUACGGCUUCACCCAGUUGGCGGAACGCGUUGAACUUCCCAGAAAACGGCAGCUAAAGCCGCCGCCUCAUCAAGUGCCGCCGCCUUCUUACCUCAUCUACCGUGAAGAAUUGUCCCAAAAAGCCGACAUAUAUAACUUCGGAGUAGUUAUCAUGGACAUUCUAGCAGGCUCCAGGUUCUCAACUUUCAAAAAGUGCAUAUUAGAAGUGAAAGAAGAGAUUACAGAAGGCAGAAUUGAGUUCUUCGAAUUUGCACUUGACACCAGAGAAAGGAUGCGUGCUUCCCAGAUUCUGGAUAUUGCAUUGGCAUGCACAAAUCUGUCAGCCGAGGGAAGGCCUUCAAUAGAACAGAUUCUUCUUUUUCUUGGAGACGCCAUUAUUAAGUAAUCUUAAUUGCUUCAAUAAGUUUUAUCUGUAUAAAGAAUGUUUUUUCUUUUGCAAUUACGAACGGAAGUUCAGUGCUAAGAAUAUCCAUCUUCUGCUGUAUUUCAUUGGGAUUAACAUAUUGCCGAUCAAUUUGAGUGAUAGAUUCAAAUUCUGCA